AUGAGGCCGCGGCCCGACGGUCGGGGGCUCCGGGCGGGAGCCGCGCUGUCGCCCGCGCUGCUGCUGCUGCUGCUGCUGCCGCCGCCGCCGCCGCUGCCGGGACGCCUGUGGGCGGCGGGCACACCCGCGCCGGCGACGCCCGGGCCUCGGCAAGACGGCGCGCCCGGCGCGGGCCGCGUCAAGCGCGGCUGGGUGUGGAACCAGUUCUUCGUGGUGGAGGAGUACACGGGCACCGAGCCCCUGUACGUGGGCAAGAUCCACUCGGACUCGGACGAGGGUGACGGGGCCAUCAAGUAUACCAUCUCAGGCGAGGGCGCUGGGACCAUCUUCCUGAUUGAUGAGCUGACGGGAGACAUCCAUGCCAUGGAGCGCCUGGACCGGGAGCAGAAAACGUUCUACACGCUGCGGGCUCAGGCCCGGGAUCGCGCCACCGACCGCCUGCUGGAGCCUGAGUCGGAGUUCAUCAUCAAGGUCCAGGACAUCAACGACAGCGAGCCCCGCUUCCUGCACGGCCCCUACAUUGGCAGCGUGGCUGAGCUCUCACCCACAGGCACGUCGGUGAUGCAGGUGAUGGCCUCGGAUGCGGAUGACCCCACGUACGGCAGCAGCGCUCGGCUGGUGUACAGCGUGCUGGACGGCGAGCACCACUUCACCGUGGACCCCAAGACCGGCGUGAUCCGGACGGCCGUGCCCGACCUCGACCGCGAGAGCCAGGAGCGCUACGAGGUGGUGAUCCAGGCCACAGACAUGGCGGGCCAGCUGGGCGGCCUCUCGGGCUCCACCACGGUCACCAUUGUGGUCACCGACGUCAACGACAACCCACCCCGCUUCCCGCAGAAGAUGUACCAGUUCAGCAUUCAGGAGUCGGCCCCCAUCGGCACGGCUGUGGGACGAGUGAAGGCCGAGGACUCAGACGUGGGCGAGAACACAGACAUGACUUACCACCUCAAGGAGGAGAGCGGCAGCGGCGGCCAUGUGUUCAAGGUCACCACGGACAGCGACACUCAGGAGGCCAUCAUUGUAGUGCAGAAGCGCCUGGACUUCGAGUCCCAGCCCGUGCACACCGUGGUCCUGGAGGCCCUCAACAAGUUCGUGGAUCCCCGCUUCGCUGACUUGGGCACGUUCCGCGACCAGGCGAUCGUGCGCGUGGCCGUGACCGACGUGGACGAGCCCCCCGAGUUCCGGCCGCCCUCCGGCCUCCUGGAGGUGCAGGAGGACGCGCAGGUGGGCUCCCUGGUCGGCGUGGUGACGGCGCGGGACCCCGACGCCGCCAACCGGCCCGUCCGGUACGCCAUUGACCGUGACUCGGAUUUGGAUCAGAUCUUUGAUAUCGAUGCGGACACGGGCGCCAUCGUGACGGGCAAGGGGCUGGACCGCGAGACCGCGGGCUGGCACAACAUCACGGUGCUGGCCAUGGAGGCUGACAAUCAUGCCCAGCUCUCCCGGGCAUCCCUAAGGAUCCGAAUCCUGGAUGUGAACGACAAUCCCCCGGAGCUGGCCACCCCCUACGAGGCAGCGGUGUGCGAGGAUGCCAAGCCAGGACAGCUUAUCCAGACCAUCAGCGUGGUGGACAGAGACGAGCCUCAGGGCGGGCAUCGCUUCUAUUUCCGCCUGGUGCCUGAAGCACCCAGCAACCCUCACUUCUCCCUGCUUGACAUCCAAGACAACACAGCAGCGGUGCACACACAGCACAUGGGCUUCAACCGGCAGGAGCAGGAUGUGUUUUUCCUGCCCAUCCUGGUGGUGGACAGCGGGCCGCCCACCCUGAGCAGCACGGGCACGCUCACCAUCCGCAUCUGUGGCUGCGACAGCUCCGGCACCAUCCAGUCCUGCAACACCACAGCCUUCGUCAUGGCCGCCUCCCUCAGCCCAGGCGCCCUCAUUGCCCUCUUGGUCUGUGUCCUCAUCCUGGUCGUGCUGGUGCUGCUGAUCCUCACCCUCAGGCGCCACCACAAGAGCCACCUGAGCUCGGACGAGGACGAGGACAUGCGGGACAACGUCAUCAAAUACAACGACGAGGGCGGCGGCGAGCAGGACACCGAGGCCUACGACAUGUCGGCGCUGCGGAGCCUCUACGACUUCGGCGGCGAGCUCAAGGGCGGCGACGGGGGCGGGGGCCCGGCGGGCGGGGGCCCGGGCGGCGGCGGGGGCGCGGGCAGCCCCCCGCAGGCCCGCCUGCCCUCGGAGCACCACUCGCUCCCGCAGGGGCCGCCCAGCCCCGAGCCAGACUUCUCGGUGUUCAGGGACUUCAUCAGCCGCAAGGUGGCGCUGGCGGACGGGGACCUGUCGGUGCCGCCCUACGACGCCUUCCAGACCUACGCCUUCGAGGGCGCGGACUCGCCGGCCGCCUCGCUCAGCUCGCUGCACAGCGGCUCGUCGGGCUCCGAGCAGGACUUCGCCUAUCUCAGCAGCUGGGGCCCGCGCUUCCGGCCCCUGGCCGCGCUCUACGCCGGCCACCGCGCGGACGACGAGGCCCAGGCCUCCUAGCGCCCCCGUCCUGCCGUCGGGGCGCGCCUCCA